AUGAAGCUUCCCCGCUCUCCCGUCAUUUUCACCGAUCUCCCCUCAUAUUUUCCGCUCUCCCCUCAUCUUUUCCGCUCUUCCCUCAUCAUCCCUGCUCUCCCCCCAUCUUCCCCUCUCACUUCCCUGCGUCCCUUUUCUCCCCAUCUUUCCCUCUCUCCCCAUUUUCCCUUCUCUCCCCCCAUCUUCCCCUCUCUCCCCAUCUUCCCCUCCCCCCCUCUUCCCCUCUCUCCCCAUCUUCCCCUCUCUCCCCCCAUCUUCCCCUCUCUCCUUUCCUCCCCCCCCCCCCCCCCCCCCCUCCCCCCCGAGUCCCCCUUCAUAUCCCUGCCGCACUCUCUCUUCAUCUUCUCCCCUUCUGCACCUACCCUCAUCUCCGCUCCACUCACCCCUCGUUCCCCCUCUCCCCCUCCUCCCCUCUUCCCCUUUUCUGACUCGACCCUCAUCUCCUCCCCUCACACAUACCUCAUCUUUCCCCUGCUCACGCCUCCUCUCCCUCCCCAUCCACCCCUCAUCUCCCUCCCCUCCCCUACCACCGGCCCCCCAUCACCCCUCAUCUCCCUCACCCCCCUUCCCCCCCCCGUCUCCUCCCCACAAUCUAUCCACCUUCCACCCUCCUUGGCCCUCCCCUCAACUUUCCCCCGCUCGUCCCUCGUCUGUCCCCAUCCAUUCACUCCUCAUUUCCCUCCCCAUGUGUGA